UGUUACACCUUUCAAAGCACAUAUGCACAUACAACAAAGCAACAACAACACACAAAAAUAAGCUCCAAAAGAAGCGAACAAGUUCGAUGCACACUUUGUGGAACUUACGAAUGUACCAUGUAACUGCUGCUCCACUGCAAAGCAGUGAAGAAGGCGCCUACAAUCCACAAACACAAAACACCGACAAGCAUCGAACACAGCACAGCACAAUGCUGCGCCCGGCAACUUUGUCAUCCCACCAACAAGCAAGCAAAGCGCAUUUCGUGACUUUUGUUUGUUUGUUGUUUGUUUUCAGCGCAGCCGAACAGCAUCGUGUAUAAACAAAUGCAUCGGCAGUUGUGUGUGAGCAUCGUUUGUUUGUUUGUUUGUUGGUGUAAAUAUGCUUUUCUUCACCCAUCCACAUACCGUUGUGGGCGCAUAUCGAACACGUUCGGGCGGCAUGUUCGCUGGCAACAUGUUGCAUUGGCGCCGCUCGCAUAGAUAUAAACUUUUGCUGUGUUUUGCAGUUUGUUUCUUGUUGUUUUUAACAUAUGACGCUCGUGUCGAUUGCGCGGCGGUUAGCGGUUAAAUAUUUCUUUGUAAUCAUUUGACAUUUUGCAGUGAAAAAUAAUUAAAAAAUGCUGAAAAAAUGUUGAAAGAAGUGCAAUGUGUCUUUAAAUAUAUUAAAAUAAAAUAAAGCCUGUCUUCGGUGUGAUUCAUAGUGGCGAGGAAUGAAAGGAGCUCAUCUGUGUAUUGACGACGUAGUUGUACAAAAGAACGCGACAGAAUAUUUGGGCAAACCAACGCUGCUGCCAGCGCCGCGCUGCAGACGCGUGUGAAAAAUUAAUUGAAAUCGUUUUUAGCAAAUAAAUCUGUAGAAUUUUGUGAAAUUUAUUAAGUGCAAAAAAUAACAACCAAGUCAAUUAAAGUGAAGAGUGAUUUUUUCAAAAAAAUUAAUUAAUAAAUAAAAUUUUUGGAAAUAUAUUCGAAAAAAUAAUUUUGAACAAAAAAAUCAAAAUCAAAUAUUUUGAAAAUAAUUUCGAAAAAAGUUUUGAAAAAAAUUUCGAAAAAAUUUUGAAAAAAAUUAGAAUAAAUUUUUAAAAAAAGUUUUGAAAAAAAAAUUUAGAAAAAAGUUUUGAAAAAUAUUUACAUAUCAAUUUUUGGUGACCAACGCUACCACCUGGUCCACCACUGCCAUUGUGUAUGCAAUACAAACCUCUCUCACGCUCCCCGCCGCGGCAGUGUCAAAGUUCAACGCGUUAACUGACGUCUCAGCGGCUUGUAACAGUAUUUAAAUGUAUGCAACAACAACAAUAACAAGCAGUGAAUUUGUGGUUAAUGUUGCAGCAUUCUGUUGCACAAUCGCGUGAAGAGUGUUGCAAAAUCAAUAGAUUGCUAAACAAAAUUUUAUCUACUCAACCCACAUACCUACACAUAUACUGAUGUAUAUAUGUAUGUGCUGCAACCCUCUACAGCAACACCCACCUGCAUAGCAUUUGACGCCAACAAACUACCCCCGCCCACCCAUUUGCUGGGGUGACUGUGUGGUUACGUGUGUGGCGGCCUUGCCACAGUGUAAAUAAAUAUAAGUAUCUUGUUGUUGUUGUGCAACAAUAUUAAGUCAACACACUUGCUACAACAACCAUAAGAAUAUCUACUAAAAAACAACAACAAUUCGUAGAAGCAACACGCAACAUUCGGUAAAUAAAAUGUCUACAACAAUACAACCGAGCGCCAACAUGGACUUGGACACAAGCACACAAGCCGAAAAUAACAGCAACAACAACCAGCAAAAUAACACCAACGCGCUCAGUAUCAACGCCAGUGUGAUACAAGUGGGUGGUGGCAGCAGCAGCAUUGUUGCUAACGGCAUUUGCGCGUGCGACCCUACACAGUCACAGCAGGCGUGUCCAAUACUAAUUACUAGCGCACAGCAACAGUUACAAGCAGAUGAACAGUCAGAACAUCAUGAACAACAACAACAGCAGCAGGAGCAACAACAACAAUCCUAUCAGCUGCAGGAUAUUCCGGCUACCGAUAGUGGACGUGCGUCGGUAAAUGAAUUCGAUACAACAACAACAAUGCUGGAAGACACAUUACCAGCAACUAUUGUGGCGCUUACAACCACAAGCGACACGGCGAAUGUAGCAAAUGUUGCCAGUUUUAAAGAUGACGUUGCUGCGAUUCCAGCAACUAUUGUCACAGUUGGCGCUGGCAAUUCACAGGAUUUUUAUGCCAGCAGCGGCUCACAAACCAAGUGGUAUUUACGACCAACGGAAAUUUGUGGCGCUGAUGUUAGUUGCAGUGUUGCGCCGUCGCCGCCACCGCCACCGUGUGUUGCUGUCAACAAUGUUGUUAUCAUUUCGACCUCGGGUAGUACGGAAGUGGAUGAGUUUGUGUCGCAAGCAACGACAGUUGGCGGGAUCGUAAAGUGUACAGCUGGUGUUGAAGGGUAAGUUACAACAACAACAAACUAUGCAUAUUGAAAUAGAGAUUACAAGAUUAACACAUCAUCAGUGCGAGACGCCUACACCAAAACAACAACUAAAACGCAGUUCAAACGAAGCACUCUGACAGCAAAUCAGAUGCAAAACGUUCGCUUUGUGGGUAAGCACGUUUCGGGCGGGUCCGCAAGCAUAGCUUGUAAACGCUUACAGAUAGGCAGCAGUAGAUAACUUGUAGCUGCAUUUGAAUAUGAUAAACAAGCUAAGAGCAGCCAGCAGCAGUAACAGCAACAACAAUAACACAAAAUUUAUGUUGAUUGAAUAAUAGAAUUCGGUCGGUUGUCCAACAACAAAUAGAUCAUGUGCCAACAGUGCGGCAAGCGGGUUAUGUGAGACAAGUACACAUAGAUAUCAAGUUGUUGUUGUUGUUACGCACCAAAAAGAAAGCAAAUUGUUUACGAAUACCGUACAACAAAGGGCUCCACCUUUUCUUUGCUCUUAACCGACGACUGCUGGUUGCCUUUGUUGUUGUUGUCUUUGUUGCUGCUGUUUGCUGGAGACAUGUGGCUAGACGCUUGUAAGUAGACACCCAUGUAAAUAGUAGACGCUCAUGUGCUUGACUUGUCAGUCGGCAUAUGUAGAACUUGCAACAGCUUCAUCAACUUCAUCUGCAACAACAGCAACAACAAAAUUGACACAAUAAUGUUGAAGACGAAGCGUUCACAGAAAUGUAAAUGUUUCUUUACUUUUUGUGUUUUUUAUUUCUUUUCUUUGUUUGCUGCGUGGAGAAGAAGUGUGAAUAUUGAAGAAUUGCUUGCAUGCUUUGUGGUCUCUUUAGUUUAUCUUUACUGCUUUCUUUUUAUUUACCCUUUGAUUGUGGGUUGGUUCGUCACUUCUGCUUCUCUUUAAUGCUUUCUUUUGUAAAUCAUUUGUGUGGUUCUCUUUGGCGGCAAUUAGUCACUCACACAUGGUGCCUCCUUGAACCAUUAACCCUUGGUGGUGCACUCAAUUUCAAAGUUAGUAUAUAAAGAAAAGCUUCUAGAAGACUUUAAGAAUAUGAAAGAAAUUGUAGUAAGAGCUUAAAGUGUACUGAGGAUGAUGUAUAAAUUUCACUAAAAUCAAAUUAUCGGAAUAUUAAGUGUUCUUCCUAGAAUCAUUGGUCUAACAACAACGUAGCUUUUGAACCAAAUCAAAUAAAAAAUAUAUUUUCUCUUGUCUCAUUUUUUUCAACUUUAUUUUCAGUAUGUAUUACAGUUGAAAACAUUACGGUUUUUUUAUAAACCCCACUACAAAACAUUUACUUUGAAUCUAUCAGUAUCUAUGAUCUUCUAAAGAGUUUUUCAAUAAGAGUAUUUUUUAGAUAAAAAAAUGGUUUCUGAUUUAAAUGAAAUUAUUUAUUCCUAUGAAGUACAUUCAAUGACAAUAUGUAAGGGACUCGAUUUCUUUUGCAUGGCCACCACGGGCGCGCUUGCACAAGUCCAGACGCUGAACUAAAUUUUAGACGGUUUUCAAGCAUAAGUCGACCGAUACUGCUGCAAUAUCACUUUCGAUAUUCAUACGAAGUUUGUCAAUCGCCGCUGGUUUGUUAGCAUAGACCAUAGACUUGACGUAACUCCAUAGGAAAUACUCUAAUGGCAUUAAAUCGCACGACCGAGCAGCUAAUUGACUGUGUCAUGAGAUAACAUGUUCACCAAACUUUGGUUUUCAAUAAAUCGAUUGUGACAUUCGCUGUAUGACUUGUGGCGCCGUACUGUUGAAACCACGUAUUGUCCAAGUCCAUAUCAUCCAAUCCGGGCCAAAAAUAUUCGGUUAUCAUUGAGCGGUAGCGAUUGCCAUUCACAGAAAUAUGCCGGUAUUGAUCAUUACGUAAUAAGUACGGCCCAUUGACGACGCCGGCCCACCACACCAAACCGUAAUUUUUCGGGCAGCAAUGGUGACACAGGGAGUUCGUAUGGAUUGCUGCCUGACCAAUAACGAAUAUUUCACUUAUUGACGAAGCCAUUCAGCCAGAAAUGAGCCGACCAUAAAUUGAACGUAGCGCUCUUAAAGUUCAGAGCACUUACUUUGAAUUUGGGUAGUCAAUUUUAAUAAUUUCGACUCGUUGUUGGAUCGUAUAUUAUUCCAUGAUGAAAUGGCAAAUCUUACUGAAGAGAAAGGUUAAAAAAGCGGGAAAAAUAUGGCGUCGUUUGCUGUCCCUAUCCGUCUAAUUUUGUAGCGUUCUUUUGGAAAAACCCUUUACUUGUUAAGAUCACCUAUUUCGCAGUGAAAAUAAAACACUUUCCAAAUAAUUUAAUAUAUACAAAUCCGAACAAGUUUCCACGUAGAAUCGAUUGUGGUGAGAAAAUCCUUCCCUACUUUAACCAGUUCAGAGCGUAUGUUCAUGAUUUUGUCUGUGUGCUCCUAGCCGUUCUUUGUUAAUACAAAUUCUUGUCGACAAGUCUCGUUUUCGUCAUUUCACCUUUUACGUUUUAUCUAUUUCUUAUAAAUAUAGUUUAAUUUUCUGAAUAACUCGAUUGUGAUUGAGAGUGCACUCCGUAAAUUAAAGUCAGGUAUUAUGUAAUGGAGGAUUUCAUAUUUUUACUCACCCAAUUUUGAAGUUCAAUUAUUUAUUGAUCUUUAAAAAAGGUAGUCUCAAUCAAAAAGAGUAAACUUGAGAUUCAACAGGCUUAACUCGAUAAUUAUAUCUGAUAAAUUAUGAUCGUGACGUUCAUUAGGUUCCUAAUAAUGAUUUCCAAAAGUCGAUUUCUGAUUUAAAGUCCUUAUUGAAGAACCCACAUAUGUAAAUGAUUAAUUUUUUUUACAGUACGUGUUCAAACAAUAAGUUGGUCCUAACUAUGAAAUUAAAUAUUUAUAUUGAAUCAAUCUUACAAAAGAUGCCUAUAAAACCUAUUUCGCAGAGCUUUUUCACAUAUUUGUGACGUCAAAUGUUUCGAUAGAUCUUGAAAAUGAAAACUUGUCUCUACAGACAAUAUCUAUAUUAGCAGAACCUUAUUAUAGGUUUGGACCAUUUCUCCACGAUUGGUGGUCUCGCACCUCUGUAUACUCGUAUAUGUACUUUCAAACGACCUAAAUGGUUUAAGAAAGGUCUCUCUCUCCAUGGAGGGAAUCUAUUAGUGUGUUGAGACCAUCAAUUAUGAAAUUAUCGUUAUUAAUUAUAACACACUCUGUGUUAAUCGGGUUCCCAGAAAGUAACAAAACCUGUAAUAAACUUAUUUGAAUAUUCAUUGGCAUUUCUUAUUAUUAUAUUUUACAAUACAAAAUGAAAAUUGGCAAUAUUUGAGUGAAAAUGCAAUUUGUAAAAGCCGCUCAAAUUGCGCGCAGCGAAAAAUGCAAACCGUCAACAAUUGAACAGGAAAUAUCAAUAUGUUAAAAUAAUGUGUAUGAAAUAAAUAAAUAAAAAUUGAAUUGAAUACUCAUACCCACAAUGGUGCACAAUGCCUCGAGGCAAAAGCGCAUAAUGCAACAUUUCCCGUUCAACUUUAACCUCAACUUUUGUUACUUGUAACGGUGCAUAGCUGAUGAAAAGAGCAAUUGUUUAAACGUAGCGAAAUUUCCUCGCCAUUCGGCUUUUGUUGUUGAUUUUACGCAGCAAAUGGAAAAUAAAUAAAUACAUAAAUUAAUAAUAAAUGAAAAGGCACAAGGUGCACUUGAUGUUUCGGAAUUCAUAAUUUCAAACGCACCACGCAACGCCCAGCACGCUUUGACGGCUUAACGGUAAUGUUUUGUGAUUUUUCACUUCAUUGCGUUGCAGCAAUUGCAGGCAAAUACAGUGUGGUGCGAAAUGAAUGCAAUCACAUUUAAUAAUUUUUAUUGGCAGUGAUUACCAUGAUUGGUUCAGUCCGGAAGUCCUACUAUUAUGGAUGUGAGAAAUCUAAACUUAUCUUGUUUCUUAUCGCUUAUCUCUUAUCUUUGUAUAGACUCACUUUUUUAGGACCUCCGUAUAUACAGUCCAAAUAUCUGUUGUUUCUUUAAUUUGAUUCUACUCACGCACUCUCAAGGGUAUUUAAGAGUAUUUUACUCACUUUUCAAAAAUCAAGAUCCUGUUUUCUGAAGAGAAAUUUAUUUUUCAGUAGUGUUUUUCAGUAGAAUGUUGAAUUCGAAAUUUGAUUAUUGUCUCUCAAUUUCCAACUCAUAAAUAUAAACUACAUCUCUGGAUAUUUAUUCUCUCAGCAAAGAAAAUCGAAAUAAGCAAAAUCUGAUAGACCGUGUCUAAUUUUUGUUUAGAAUUCAAUAUCUGUUAAGAGCAGCAAGCAUUUAAAUUUAUAACGUUGCCUACCUUUAGGCGCAUAGCAAAAAUAUACCGAAUUUAGAUAAAAACGAAGCUUUUAUAACUAAAAUAUUAAGCAAUGUCGUUGAUUGAAGAGCUCCAGAAACGAAAUUAACACCUUUUAGAUUUUUAAACCACAUCUCCAAGCCCAUCACUUUUAAAAAUUUUACAAACUUUUUGCUAAUUUUUUGGGUCUCAUUUCAACUUCACUUCCUUUUGAUAUUUCUUUCCUUAAACAUGCUCUUAAUAAUUUAUUCAUAUUUUUUGCCACUAUUUUACACACCAUUGUUCCAAUGCAUUUGCAAUGAUAUAUUCCAUUGAACUACAUGAAAGUUAUACAAAAGCACUCUCGUAACUACUGUAGUGGAAAAAAAGAAAGCGGCAUAAAACAAACUGCUUCACUUAUUAUUUGCCAUAUUUACAUUACAUAUGAUAUUAGGCUUUCCUCGUUUUUGUUUGAUAAUGACGAAAACGCACUGGCACUGGCGAAUAUCAAUUGCCUUUUGUCAUGCAAUAUAUUUCCAUACUAUAUUUCUUCUCAUUUCUUCCGUAAUUGUUUUUGGUGAUUUAUGGUGAUUUUUGGAAGUAAAAUCAAAGUAAAUUUUAUUAUAUAAACAGUAGGCAGUCAAAUCAACUACUCGACCAAAUUAGUUGGAUCACAAGCGCAACUAGUAUCAGACAUUUCUCAGUCAUCUUACCUUUUUUUAUAGAAGUAACUUGUCGGAUCUCCAUUAAUAUUUAGAGCUUUUGAUUCUAAUUAUAUUAAUCUUAAUAUUUUAGUAAAAAUUGAACAGCAGCGAAUCGAAUAGACAAAUGGUAUAAAUCACACAAACUGGUAUAAUCAUAUCAUAUAGGGGAAAACGUAACAAAAAACGAAUAAGGAAAGGCUAAGUUCAAGGCUAAUGGUGCAAUCGAAUAUUUUAUACUCUCGCAUUUUAUUUUUAUAGUUUAAGAUAACACACAACUUGACCCAUAUAUUCGGUGUAAACUCCAAUAGAGUAACGAAAAUCAAGAUACAUAGUGUAUGAGGGCUGAUAUAAUUCCUAAACCGAUUUCACUCAUUUUCACCAUCAAGGAACACUAUAUUCAAAAUUAUACGCUCACUUAAUUUGGCUAAGAUAUCUCACAUAUUACCCGAUACAUGCGGCAUAAAGCCACCGUAUUUUUGAAAAACCUAUAAUUAGAUAUGUAUAUGGGAGCUAGGAGAAGUUAUGACCCGAUUUUAACCAUUUUUCAAAAAAUUGAUUUUUGUGUUUUGUUUUAAAUCUCUUCCAAAACUAUCCAAGAAUAUGUCUUUAAAAUUCCAGAGGCCAAUUCGACAUAUUUUCGAAGCUAGAGUAGUUUUAGUGGCCAAGUGUCGAGCAGGUGCGACAGACCUUUAAAGCGCGUUUUCUCAAGUUUUCAUUUUCACAAGUUUUAGAAAACGGUGCCGGCGAUAGCAAAAAUAAUAAAUGUCCUAACGAAAAAAAACAAAGUGAUCUAGCUUCAGUAUUAAAUUAUAUUCUAUUUGAACUAAAAAAGGAAGGACAAAAGUAUUAUUUGAACUACUUGUUUUGCAACUUAAAGUCAAUUUUUUUUUUCUUAAAAAAGUGAUUUUUUUUUUCAAACUUCGAAAAAAUUUGGAAUUUUAUAACUUCUUCGGUAUUUUUUUAGUUCUUAAAGAAAAGAAACUUAUAAAAAUUAAAAAAAAUGUUCGACUGUUUCAGAUGCAUCGCACGACCUCCAUCACCGGCACCGAUUUAAAAGUGCAGACUCCAGAAAAAUACUUACAACUUUGAAAAAAUUGCAAUAUUUUUUAAUCAUAAAUAUUGUUUUUUAAGCCUUAAAUAUAGUACACUAUCGUCUUAAAAUUCCGUUUACCGCAAUCAUUUCCUUCCCUUUCAAAAAAAAUUGCUAAAAAAGCGCGUUUUUUGGCUUCUAAAGCAGACUACUGCCUUAAAAGAAAAAUAUUCCCUCUGAAUUACAUUAAAAUAACUGAGAGAUUUAACGAUAUUUUCGUUGAAAAAUUACCGUAAGGCACUGGGAUCUUCAUGUUCGAUAUCCGGGCCAUUGAAAAGUUAUAGUCCGAUAUCGGCAAUCUUUCCACAAGUGAAGCCACAGAUGAUAAACAGUAUUUGUGUACAGUUUUAUUCCGUCAUCUUCAUUGGUUCCUUAUAUACAUACAUAUAUAUUAUAAAGUGAAGUAAUAAGAUGGAAUUCAAAAUUGAGUUAUAUGGAAAGUAAUCGUGGUAGUUAACCGAUUUCGCCCAUUUUCCACACGUUUCAUCAGGUGUCAAGAAAAUGUUAUAUAUUAAGCGACUUUUCUUGCAACUGGAAUCUCUCUCAUUGAGCUUCCUACUCAUAUUCGCUCAUUGUCAUACAUAUCAUAUAUACUUACAUAUGUAUGUUCUUAGAUCUCCACAUUUCCUCACAUUCACAUAAAAGUCAUAUAUCGAAUAUGAGUCUUAUCGGUCUGCAGUUACUUAGCUAACUCACUCCACUAUAACACCUCGGCGUCGCAGUCAAUGAAUCGCACUUGAUUUAUGGGUCAAGUUAACUUCUUUUAAGUUUCCCUUCUCAUACACUACGCUUCGAAAAGUUCUUCAUUAUUAUUAUUUCUUUUAUUUAUAUUAUUUUUUUUACUUCUUGUUUACUCACAUUGCGCUACUCGUGUUAUUCACAGAAUACUUUGCAACUAUUCUUCUUGUCUUGUUCUUCCUACUUGUUUUCAUUCUUGAGUUCUAUUUUUACACGAGCUUUGGGUUAACUUACCAUAAGUUCAUUAUAAGCACACAUACUUUUCUGACUCUGAGUAAAAUUUCUUGUUUGUUUGCACAUUAUUUGUAACAGUCUUUCUACACGCUCUUCUUACAUGAAUAUGUAAUGCGCUUUGUUGUUGUUUUAUUUUAAAUUCAAUUACCGUACAAGUACCUCUCUGCCUCAGUUAAGUGCACACAACACACAUUUACACUGUGUUGUUGUUGUUGUUCGUAUGUUCAUUACUCGUCGACUGGCGCCAAGUUGAGGUGCUGAACACUAUUUUUUUUUUUUUUGUUUCAGUUGGUAUGACUUGUCUAAUUGUUAUGUGAAAAGCCAUUUACAGUUAACCGUAAUUUUCUACUAUCACGACGGUAGACUUUGAACAUAUUAAAUACACUUUUUUUUGGUUUUUUAAUAGACAAGCUGUUGACUUUGAAUAUUUUGGGUCAUUCACCCACAAAUGUGUGGUCAUAAAAUUGAAAUUUUGAUUGAGUAGGCUGU